CACACACAUUAAACCCUUUAAUGCCGCCCACGACCACCAUAGACAGAGGAACACCUACCAUUUCUCCGUGUGAGAGCUCCUCUCAGCUUUCUUCACAGACCAUAUCUAUAGUUUUCUACCCUCCCACAAACACACACACAACACUCACAAUCUCUCUCUCUUACCAUUGAACCGGUUUCAGAUAUUCUUUAAUCUCAUUGAAGUGCCGUACAGAGCACAUAUAUACUUGACUUGCCGUUACACGACACCCACACGGGCCACACACCUAUCCACCACCUACCACCUACCACCCAUCACCAACAACCGUCUCCAAAUCACAUGGGUUAGUAAUUUCAGCUUACUUCACUCACCAAAAGCUACAAAAACUGUUCUUUCCCUCUCUGUCUAAGUUGUUCCAUUGAUGAACUUAUAGCGUUUAUUGAAUUUGCUCAGUUAUUUGACCGUACAAAUGGGGAUGAGUUCGUGGGACUACUGGGUUGAAGGGGCACUUUCAAGGUUGGAAUCUAUGAAAAUCCGACGAUCUCUCAGACCCAUUUACCUCCCCAACAUUGAGGAACCAAAUACCUUCGAAAAUGAAUCCGAGAACGCUUCCAAUUCUGAUGCAUUUGAGGUUUUUGAUGGUUUGCGCCAAUGGGAUAGAGCGUCAGUGGAAAUGCAGAUUUCUGAGGCAACGUUUCAGAAAUGGCUUGGAGACAUUCCCAGUUUGGGAGAUGAUACUGUCUGUAGCAAUAGAGAAGCCGAUGAUGAAGCAGUGGCAUGCCCUCAGAAGUUUAAAAAGCUGCUUUUGUUCUCUGGAAAUGAUUACUUGGGCUUGAGUUCACACCCGACAAUUGCGAAGGCUGCUGCAAAGGCAGCCCUAGAACAUGGAAUGGGCCCAAGGGGUUCCGCUUUAAUAUGUGGGUAUACAAAUUACCACAGGCUCCUAGAGUCAAGCUUGGCAGACUUAAAGAAGAAAGAGGAUUGCCUUCUUUGUCCUACAGGCUUUUCAGCCAAUAUGGCCUUGAUGACUGCAAUAGGAGAUGUUGGCUCUCUAUUGGCUGAAGGCAAAAAACCUUUGCAGGAUGAAAGAGUUGCCAUAUUUUCUGAUGCUCUGAACCAUGCAUCAAUAAUAGAUGGUAUCCGUCUUGCUGAGCGACGGUGGAAUGUAGAGGUUUUUGUGUACAGACACUGUGACAUGUCCCACCUUGAUGCUGUUCUAUCAAGUUGUACGAUGGAGAAGAAAGUUGUCGUGACAGAUAGCUUGUUUAGUAUGGAUGGAGACUUCGCACCAAUGGUCGAACUUGUGAAGCUUCGGAGAAAGCAUGGGUUUCUAUUGGCUAUUGAUGAUGCUCAUGGAACUUUUGUUUGUGGUGAAAAUGGUGGGGGUGUGCCUGAGGAGUUUAAAUGUGAAAGUGAAGUUGACAUAUGCGUAGGCACUUUGAGUAAGGCUGCAGGUUGCCAUGGUGGAUUCAUAGCAUGCAACAAAAGGUGGAAGCAACUCAUACAAUCAACAGGUCGCUCUUUUAUAUUUUCAACUGCUAUACCAGUGCCUGUCGUUGCUGCUGCACACGCUGCUAUUAUCGUGGCAAAAAGGGAGACAUGGCGUAGAAGCGCUAUUCGGAACCGGCUGCGAGAUUUCCAAGCUCUCACUGGAAUCCCCAUUACAAGUCCCAUCAUUUCUCUUAUUGUAGGGAGCGAAGAGAAGGCCCUGCAAGCUAGCCGGCAUCUUCUAAAAUCUGGUUUCCAUGUAAUUGCAAUCAGACCCCCUACAGUACCCGCCAAAUCAUGCAGGUUAAGGGUAACCCUUAGUGCCGCGCAUACUGUGGAAGAUUUGAAAAGGCUGACCGCGGCACUGCACCAAUGCAUCAACUUCCAAGCUAUUGGCAUCUACAACACAAAUGGAUAUGCCAAGCUUUAGCAAUUAAUUUAGUACCUCUGUGAGAUGUUCAAAAUUUUCAGCAACUUUGGUUCUGUUUUCAGCAGUAGUUGCAUUCAUUCUGGCAAAACAUUUGGACAAUAAGCAGUAAUCGAAAUCAUGAAUUUUUGUCUGUUA